AUGGCUCUGGCUCUGGCUUGGGUCCUGCUCAAGUGUGUACUAACCGGCCCCGCCUUGCCGGUCCGAGAUGAAGCAUCACCAAUGCCAUACUCUGGUGCACCAGGAUAUCGGACGUCCCUCCUCACAGUCUCGUCUGCCCCCGAGAUUCGUUACCAUGUCAACUCUCCUCAGAUUUACAACAGAGUACAACAGAGGGCGGCAAAGAGCCUGGCCUUUCCGGCAACAUUGAUCGACGGGACGGUACUGAACUCGGUACCCUACGGUAUUAAGAAAACCACCGCCUGGGAGCAAGGAAACCCGCUCGGGGACCAUGACCGGGUACCCUGGUCGAGCUGGCCCGGCUCUCGUCACAAGCGCAGACGCCAGGCGAUGAUGGCCGCGAGCUCACCUCCAACUCGCAAGGAUGCUGAUGCCUCCUCUACUCCGGGAACCUGGGAUCAGGUGCUCCGGCGCCUGGUCGGGCAACUGCUGGCAAGGGCCAUGUCUCAGCCGGAAAUGCAACUCUAG